AUGUCUCCCAUUAAGGGUCCUGGAGCUGCCCAGAGCCAUGACGGUUCUGGAUUGCGUGUUGCUAUUAUUCAUGCGCGAUGGAAUGCGACCAUUAUUGAUCAGCUGGUAGCUGGAGCCAAGAAGAGCUUGUUGGCUGGCGGCGUGACCGAGGAUAACAUUACGGUCCAGACCGUCCCUGGCAGCUACGAGUUGCCCCUUGGUGUGCAACGACUGUAUGCCGCCUCCCAGGUCCAGGCGAGCUCCUCCGGCGAGGGUAUCAGUGCCACCGACCUCUUGUCAGGCUCCACCUCUGAUUUGGCCAAAUCAGCCACGGGUUCACCUAAGAAGCCCUUUGAUGCCAUCAUCGCUAUCGGUGUUCUGAUUAAGGGUGCCACUAUGCACUUCGAGUACAUUGCGGACGCCGUGACCCACGGACUGAUGCGAGUUCAACUGGAUUCCGGGAUUCCAGUCAUCUUUGGUUUAUUGACUGUUCUGACUGAGGAGCAGGGCUUGGAGCGAGCGGGAUUGGGCAAGAGUGGAAUGCAUAACCAUGGUGAGGAUUGGGGUAGUGCCGCUGUUGAGCUGGGUGUCAAGAGACGCGAGUGGUCCGAGGGCACGAUUCUGUAA